AUGUGUGUUAAUGCGCGGGUUGUGAGGUCAUACACCCACCUUCACAGGUGGUUCGUUUCCCAUUCAAACGGUGCAGAACAUUGUAAGACGAACACGCGAGGAACUCAAGAACAUCCGGUUAGCUCCAGUAGUUUCUCUUACACGAUGAUCAGGAGGACGUUGUUCGCGAUUCAUCCUGUGUCACUGGUGCUCGUAUUCACGGUCACUGCCAUUGGCGGCAAUUACACAGAUAUUAAUCUACCGCAUGAGCAUGUCAAGUAUUAUUUCAACUCUUUUCCCACGGUAGCAGAAAAAUGCCAUAAUGAUGCGGCGUGUCCAUAUAAGGAUAGUCUCGACACUAAAGCUUGUUGGGGCUACGAGGACAAUUGCAAAGCAGAAAAUUCUUUUUCUAUUCCUCAUUGCCCAGGCGAUCAUAAAGGAUGGGUCGCAACAAAAAGAGCUCAGUUGGACACAUUUUAUGCACAAGGCGAUUUCGGAUACGUGCGGGAUCAAAGAAGAGAGAUGAUGUUACUAUGCGAACCCUUAUUCAUAGAUGAUUCGUCCUUGGAGUGUUCGGAACAUAUGAGGUUUUGUAGAGCAAGAAACGUGAUGCUAAAUUUUACAGAUUUACUAACACGAAAGGAACCUAUAAGGUACAAAAUGGAUGUACUGAAGGAAGGUCAAGUUGGGGGCUACUGCACGUUGAACGAAAAGAGAUUACAGGAAAAUGCGGAUCAUAUUAGCCCAUUGCAGUCGUGGGGACCAGAAUUACGCAACUUUCGAAAAUUAUCUCAGCGGCCAAUUGUUCAUGGUGAUUGUGAUGUCGUCAUUGAGAAACCGACCUUUAUCUUAAAGAUAGAUGCCACGGUUAACAUGUAUCACCAUUUUUGCGACUUUUUCAACUUAUACGCAUCAUUGCACGUGAAUCUCUCGCACGCAUCAGCUUUCGAUACAGAUAAUCAUAUAAUGAUCUGGGAAAGUUAUAGUUAUCGAUCGGCUUUCCAAGAUACUUUCGAAGCAUUCACAAGAAAUCCAUUGUGGGAUUUGAAAACUUUUCGAGGCGAAACAGUGUGCUUCAGGAAUUUGGUGUUUCCCCUAUUGCCGAGAAUGAUUUUCGGACUUUUCUAUAACACGCCUCUUAUUUAUGGCUGUGAAAAAUCCGGAUUGUUCAAAGCCUUUGGCGAUCAUGUAUUGCAUCGGCUUCAAAUACCUCUUCAUCCAAGGAAGGAUCGAAAAAUUCGUGUAACAUUGCUAAGCAGGGAUACUCAGUAUCGAAGAAUCUUGAACGAGAAUGAAUUGGUAAAAGCUUUGAAAGAGAAUCCGGAAUAUAAAGUUAGGAAGGUUGUGUAUAAUAAGAAUGUACCAUUCAAAAAGCAAUUAGAAAUCACUAGGAAUUCCGAUAUUUUUAUCGGUAUUCAUGGCGCCGGGUUAACGCACUUAAUGUUUUUGCCAGACUGGGCAGCGGUAUUCGAAAUAUACAAUUGUGAAGAUCCAAAUUGUUACCAAGACCUUGCACGGCUGAGAGGUGUAAAAUAUUUUACAUGGGAAGAUACGUCAAAAUUGGUGCAACAAGAUCCGGGGACACAUCCUGAUGGCGGGGCUCAUGCAAAGUUUACGAACUAUAGCUUCGACGUUAAAGAGUUCCUCAGAAUCGUUUCCCUUGCAAGGAAUCACGUAAAGCACCAUAAUGCAUUUAAGAAAUUUAACAGUUCUCACGAUAAAAUACAAAAUGAUACUAGGACAAUGAAUAAUGAAGAAACGGUACAACCUUCCGACGUUAAAGAACCGAUACGAUUACAAAAAUCCGAUAUAUUAUCCAAAGAUGAAUUAUAAAAAAGAACUCUUAGACAUUAAAUUAAUAAAAUGAGGUAUGACAGUAGAAUUAAAUUGAUCUAAAUGUUUGUUGAUCAAAUUUCUUAUAUACUUAUUUUUAUACUAAUGUACAUACUUUAUUUUGAUAAAUAAAAUAAACUCGCGAUAAA